AUGUAUGUAUUGUAUGUCCUUGUAUGUGUUCUGAUGUAUUCUCAGGCAUACGAAAACUUAGCAUACCUCAAACCCACAUGGCAAAGCUCAACUCAUGACUCUGCAUAUAGCGGUUCAUCAAGAGCUGUUGAUGGUCGGAAAUCAGAUCUUUCUUAUUUUGGAAAACAAUGCAGCGUAUCAAGUAAUGAACAAUAUACUGCCACGUGGUGGGUGAACCUAGAAGAAAUCCGUGGCAUAAACUUCAUAGUCAUUUUUUACAGAACUGACAAUGCAUAUUGGGAUUCCGGAAAUGGUUACACAACAAGAUUUCUUGGAUUUUAUGUGUAUAUUUCAAAUACAACAAACAGAUUGGAUGGCACUUUGUGUUUUCACGAUACAAGCUACACCAGGUCCACGAUACCCGCCGUUGCCAACAUAAGCUGUCCUGUAUAUGGACAAUACGUCAUCUACUAUAACGAAAGGCUUCAGGGUGUCAGCUAUCCAUCUGGAUAUUCGCAAUAUGCAUUCACCGAGCUUUGCGAGGUGGAGGUUUUUGAAUGUGAUGAUGGAUUCUUUGGAAAGCAAUGUAGUUUUUCUUGUGGACAUUGCAAACAAUCGAAUGAAUGUCAUCCAAUCAAUGGAACUUGUAUGCAUGGAUGUUCCGGGGGAUAUAAAGGACAGUUCUGCAAUAAAAAAUGUGACGGGGGAAUGUAUGGGAAUAAUUGCAGCAUGAUUUGUGGAAAUUGUUUAAACAAAGAGCAAUGUCAGCCAAUGAACGGGACAUGUAUAAAUGGUUGCACAGAGGGAUAUAGAGGGGUGUUCUGCAAUGAAACCUGUCAGAGCGGGACAUUUGGAAGAAACUGCCUGGAUGUUUGUAACAGCACAUGUUAUGGAUGUAACAGAACAAAUGGUAAAUGUAACAGUGGAUGUCAUCCAGGAUGGAAGGGAGAUUACUGUCACCAAGCCUGUAAAAACGGAACAUUUGGAAGAAACUGUCUGGAGACCUGUAACAGUACAUGUUAUGGAUGUAACGCAACAAAUGGAAUUUGUGAAAGUGGAUGUUAUCCAGGAUGGACGGGUGAUUACUGUCAUGAAGAAUGUGAACAUGGAUUUUUUGGCGAACAAUGUAACGCCUCUUGUGGACAGUGCAGAAAACCAGAUGAAUGUCAUCCAAUAAAUGGAUCGUGCUUAAAUGGUUGUUCUGAAGGAUUUGAAGGACGAUUAUGCAACGAAACAUGUACUUAUGGAUUCUUUGGAGAAAAUUGUGUCAACAGCUGUAAUGAUACAUGUUUCGGCUGUAAUAGGGAAACUGGUAUAUGUGAUAAUGGAUGUUAUCCUGGUUGGAGAGGAGAAUUCUGUCAUGAAGAAUGCAAAGGUGGAUUAUAUGGAAUUAACUGCAGCAUGCCUUGUGGGAAAUGCGUAAGCUCAGAGCAAUGUCAUCCAAUUAACGGAACAUGUAUGAACGGUUGUGAUGAAGGAUAUCAAGGGACUCUCUGCAAUGAAACAUGCGAAAUUGGAAGAUUUGGGAGAAACUGUAUGAAGAUAUGUAACAAAACAUGUUAUGGUUCUACAUGUAACAGAACAAAUGGUAAAUGUGACAGCGGAUGCCAUCCAGGAUGGAAGGGAGAUUAUUGUCAUGAAGACUGUGAUGAUGGGUUCUUUGGCGAAAACUGUAACAUGACUUGUGGAUAUUGCAAGGAGUCAGAAGAUUGUAACCCAAUAAAUGGCUCGUGUUUAUAUGGAUGUUCUAGGGGAUAUGAAGGAGAGUUUUGCAACAAAGCAUGCAGUCAAGGAUAUUUCGGAGAAAAUUGUGCCAGUACAUGUAACGAUACAUGUAAGGGAUGUAACCGAACGAAUGGCAUUUGUGAAAAUGGAUGUCACCCUGGUUGGAAAGGAACGUACUGCCAUGAAGUAUGUAACAAUGGAUUUUAUGGAGAUAAUUGCAGCAGGGUUUGUGGAAUUUGCUUGAGGUCCGAGCAAUGUCAACCAAAUAAUGGGACGUGUCAAAAUGGUUGUGAUGAGGGUUUUAGAGGGAUAUUGUGCAAUGAAACAUGCAGGAUAGGAACAUUUGGACGAAACUGUCUAGAAACCUGUAACAGUACAUGUAAAGGAUGUAAUAGAACAAAUGGUAUCUGUGACAAUGGAUGUCAUCCUGGUUGGCAAGGAGAAUUCUGCAAUGAAGAAUGUGAGGAUGGGUUCUUUGGUGAGAACUGUAGCAUGACUUGUGGAUAUUGCAAGCAAUCAGAAGAAUGUAACCCAAUAAAUGGGACGUGUUUGAAUGGAUGUGCUAGGGGAUAUGAAGGACAACUCUGCAACACAACAUGCAAAGAUGGAUACUUUGGAGAAAACUGUGCAUACAAGUGUAAUGAGACAUGCCAAGAAUGUAACAGAAUAAAUGGUUCCUGUGGAAAUAUAUGUCAUCCUGGUUGGAAAGGAGAAUUCUGUCAUGAGGUGUGUGAAAUGAAUUGGUAUGGAGCUGGCUGUAGUAAGAUCUGUGGUAAAUGUGUGGACAGCGAGCCUUGUCAUCACGUCAAUGGUACCUGUGCUGAUGGUUGUGAAUCAGGAUAUCAAGGAAAUAAGUGUGAUAAAGUUUGUGAAUUUGGGUUUUAUGGACCUGACUGUAAAAGCGCAUGUAGUACGUUUUGUAAAGUAUCACGUGACUGCCAUCACGUGACUGGUGCCUGUAAUUCGGGCUGUAAGGCUGGAGUGAAGGGGGAUGAAUGUAUAAUGGUCCAAGACGAUAAAAAUGUCUCCCAAAUAAAAUUUUAUGGUAUUUUGAGCGCUUUUUGUGUCACUCUCCUUGUUAUUGGCAUUUAUGUGCUUUUCAAAAUUAUAAAGAGAAUGAGACAUUCAAGAACAAUGAUUGACACGCCUUAUUUUGUCGACGACUCUUCCAUUCCUCAAAACGACGAUGUGUCUUUGAUCAAAAAUGACGAUCAUCCAAUAGAAUUGAAUCACGAAAAUCAGGAUAAUUUGAAAUUAGAAUCAUCUCUUAACUACGACACAAAGCUUUAA